GCUUCCCUCCUGGGGCAGUCUCCGUCACAAACAACCACCACCACCCCACCCCUCCCCUCCUUCCCUCUCAGCUGUGAGCUCAGAGCAGUAGGACAAAGUGCCUGGGACAAGGACAGAGGCCUGAGAGCCGCCAUGGGCUCUGGAGGAGUGAGCCUCCCAGGGGCCGGGCGGCCCCUGCCCCUCCUGCUCCUGCUCCUCACGGGAGGCAUGGCCCAGGACUCCCCGCCCCAGAUCCUAGUCCACCCCCAGGACCAGCUGCUCCAGGGCCCUGGCCCCGCCAGGAUGAGCUGCCGAGCCUCCGGCCAGCCGCCUCCCACCAUCCGCUGGCUGCUGAAUGGGCAGCCCUUGAGCAUGGUGCCCCCAGACCUACACCACCUCCUACCUGAUGGAACCCUCCUGCUGCUGCGGCCUCCUGCCCAGGGACGGGCCCACGAUGACCAGGCCCAAUCCGCAGACCUGGGCAUCUACACCUGUGAGGCCAGCAACCACCUGGGCACAGCAGUCAGCCGAGGUGCUCGGCUGUUUGUGGCUGUCCUCCGGGAGGAUUUCCAGAUCCAACCUCGGGACACAGAGGCUGUGGAGGGCGAGCAGGUGAUUCUGGAAUGUGGGCCGCCCUGGGGCCACCCGGAGCCCACAGUGUCAUGGUGGAAAGAUGGGAAACCCCUGGCCCUCCAGCCGGGGCGGCACACGGUGUCCAGGGGUUCCCUGCUGAUGGCAAAAGCAGAGAAGAGUGACGCAGGGACCUAUAUGUGUGUGGCCGCCAACAACGCAGGGCAGCGGGAGAGCCGAGCAGCCAGGGUGUCUGUCCAGGAGCCCCAGGAUUUCAAGGAGCCUUUGGAGCUUCUGGCUGUGCGCAUUCGGCUGGAAAACGUGACACUGCUGCAGCCGGACCCCGCAAAGGGCCCCAAGCCUGGGCCUGCCGUGUGGCUCAGCUGGAAGGUGAGUGGCCCUGCUGCACCCGCUCAGUCCUACACGGCCUUGUUCAGGGCCCAGACUGCCCCAGGAGGCCAGGGAGCUCCGUGGGCAGAGGCGUUGCUCGACGGCUGGCAGAGCGCAGAGCUUGGGGGCCUCCACUGGGGCCAAGACUAUGAGUUCAAAGUGAGACCAUCCUCCGGCCGGGCUCGGGGCCCCGACAGCAACGUGCUGCUCCUGAGGCUGCCGGAACAAGUGCCCAGUGCCCCACCCCAGGAGGUGACCCUAAAACCUGGCAAUGGCAGUGUCCUUGUGAGCUGGGUUCCACCACCUGCUGAAAACCACAACGGCGUCAUCCGUGGCUACCAGGUCUGGAGCCUGGGCAACACCUCACUGCCCCCAGCCAACUGGACUGUAGUGGGAGAGCAGACCCAGCUGGAGAUCGCCACCCGAAUGCCAGGCUCCUACUGCGUGCAAGUGGCUGCAGUCACUGGCGCUGGGGCUGGGGAGCCCAGUAGCCCUGUGUGCCUCCUUUUAGAGCAGGCCAUGGAGCGAGCCGCCCGAGAACCCCGUGAGCAUGGUCCCUGGAUCCUGGAGCAGCUGAGAGCCACCUUGAGGCGGCCAGAGGUCAUUGCCAGCGGGGGUGUUGUUCUCUGGCUGCUGCUGCUGGGCACCGCUGUGUGUAUCCACCGCCGGCGCAGAGCUGGGGUGCACCUGGGCCCAGGUCUGUACAGGUAUACCAGCGAGGAUGCCAUCCUAAAACACAGGUGAGAGAUCAAAGUGGCUUGAGAUGGGGGGAUGGGGAGGCUGAGGGACCGUGGGGCUGGGACAGAGAACCGAAUGGGCUACUAAUCUAUCUGCUAGGCAGUUUGAGACCCUAGUACCUGAAUCUCUCCUGAACUCCAAGUGAAAGUUCAUUUCUUUUUCGUUAAUGUUUCUAUCACACCACUUGACAGGUGAGUAAACUGAGACUCAUAAAACGAGUGACUUUGCUCAAGCCUGCACAACUAGUAGCUGGCCUCCUGAAUGCCUAACCCACUGCUCUUGUCACCCGCCUCUUAUUAACACACACCACAUGCUCCUGCUUUCUUACUCUGCUAGGGGAGGAUAACCGGCAUGGCCAGC